AUGAGGACUGGACCUCCCGCGCAGCGCGCCAAUCAGCAGGCCCCGAGCCGCGGACUUGUGCGGCCGACCAAAGUCCGCUGGAGUAAAACGUCCACCCCAUCCGGCCUUAGCGUCUCUAUCAACCUCUUGGAUACUUUUGUUUCUGUAGAGCGAGUCGUGACGCUCCACCAUGUACGGCAUGCCAACCGACGCAACGCAAGGAUCAAAGCCCUGUACAGCCCACGCCUCGACCCCACUAUCGCACAACAUAAGAAGCUGUCCGCACCUGCAUGCGCAGCCGCAAAAAGGCCACAUUUGUCCGCACUCCCGGCAUUCGCUCCCCGUGCCGAAGCCUGCCGUACACAUUGGCGCAUAAUGGCAAAAUCCAUACACGUUGUGUCCAAGCUGGAUAAUGCCAAACAUGCCGUAUUCCACAUCGACGAAGACCCUCCAAGCCUGGCGGCAUCUUCAGUCCGUGUCCAGACGUGGCUUGUUUCCCUCACCUACAACAACUUGACGUACGCCCGAUCGGGAACCCCUCUGCACUGGUGGGAUACCUAUCCCGUCCCCGAAGCGAGUCCAACACCCUUCAACAGUUGGGAAAAAUGGGGUAUCGUGCCAGCUUGGGGCUACGGCCGCGUCCUUGAGAGCACAAACGAUGCCAUAGCACCAGGGUCGCUGCUGUGGGGCAUGUGGCCUACUUCAGAGCACACCGUCGACCUCCAACUUGAAGCAAUUGAGCCAUCGGGUCAUUGGUUGGAGCGUAGCGCACAACGAAGUAAGCUCAUGACGGUUUACAACAGCUACGAGCAAGUUAGCGAAAGCGAUGCGCAGACCAUGCGCAUGACCGCGCUCUGCAAACCUCUCUGGCAGGGUCCGCAUUUGCUCAACACGAGCGUAUUUUCUGCACGACGUAUCCACCCAUUUGGUUUCGGUGCGCCAUGGUCCCAAGAGGAUGCCGACUUGUCGUCGGCUGUGGUCGUCAGCCUCUCCGCCUCAAGUAAGACCGGCCGAAGCUUUGGCUGGGAAAUGGCAAGGAAUCGAGAUGUGUCCAAACACGGACCUCGUGCCUUGAUACAGAUGACAUCAGUCCCCAACACAUUGUCUGAGUACGACUCGUCCCUGCCAAUGAGGGCAGCUGCAUACGACGACACGAGCGCCAUGGCGUGGGCCGAGCAUUUCAAGCCAUCACGAGUGGUCAUUGUCGACUUUGGCGCAUCUGACGCAGUUCUAGAGUCAGUCAGAGCCACAGCAUCAAAGCUUGCUCCAAAAGUCACUGUCGUUGCUGUCGGCUACGAAGCCAAAGUCUAUACACAAGAGGAGAUUGCAGCCAGGAUGGCGACUGCCAGUACCAAGGUCCCGGUCAACACAAGUGGGAUGCGAGAUCGGGUCAUCGAAUCUCAAGGCGCGUUGGAAUUCUCGAAGGAGCUGGACGGCACAUGGAACAAGUGUUUGAAAGAAGAGGCUUUUAGCAGCCUGCAGGUAAAAGUCUUGAAGACCGUCCAAGGGGAACAAGGCAUCGAGGGAGCAUGGAGUGCCUUGUGUAAUCGCAAGGUUAUAGCAGACGUCGGCAUAGUAGUUGACUUUUCUGUAAGAUAUACCUAG